GUUCAGUGUACGGUGUCCAGUAAUAGAAUAGAGUUCUUUUAACUAGUUUAUGUUAUCUUUUGUACACUUAAUGUUAGCGCAUCUGUUAUCAAAUUACUCCAAUUUCUAAACUAAUACAUUGCGCCCAGUACCCUAGCAUCGGCUUAAGGCGGGGUUUAGUAAAAGGGACAUAGAUCUAUAGAGAUUCGACAGGACAUUCAACAGGUUAUCCCUGGACGGUUUAAACAAUUUCACUGCGGAAUUUACUUGUUUAACCCUUCUAUAGUAAAACCUGAACUUAAAUUAACUCCGUAUUCGUCUGAGCAGCAAACCAAAUCGUGGUAGUCCCACACAUGUUAAACGCUUUUAAUAGCUAGUGCUUUUCGUAUUGGAGUAAAUCAUUUUAUACGCUUUAACAGUUUAUUUAAAUAAGACUGAAUCAUACAUUCGUGAUAAAAACAUUUACUAUUUGGAAUACAAAUUGGACUAUUACUAUUACAUAAAGGCUUGGUGAUAAAAGUCAGUCACGUGCUUCCGGUAUGGUGCGCAAGACAAGAUGACGUCACGUAUUUCAGCAAUAGUUCUAAUUUCCAUCCUCAUUUUGUUACAGGAUCAUGUGUCUGAAGGAACGGUUGGAGACGACUGUACUGCAUGUCAAUUAGAUAAAAAUGAAGUGUGUGGAAGCAACAAUACCUGUGUAUGUGAAAUUGGAUUUAGUCCAAUAGGUGGUCAAUGUGUAAAAGAAUGUCCAUCUUUGGAAGAUAUUCCCAGUGGUUCUAUAACCAUCGUGCCAAAUGAGAAAACAUCUGAGUUUGAAGCUAUCUAUGCAUGUAUUUCCGGAUAUGAACUGGAAGGGGAACCCAGGAGACGAUGUCUGGGCACUGGUAACUGGGAAGGGUCUCCUCCUAGCUGCAAGAAGAAACCAUGUCCGUCGCUUGACCAGCCGGUCAAUGGGCAGUUGACAUAUUCGGACAAUAUAGGAGAGUUUGGCUCUACAGCUAACUACACCUGUUUUGAUGGUUUCGAGAUUACUGGUGGUGACGCAGUAAGGCAAUGUCAAGAUAACGGACAAUGGACAGGCAUUGCUCCAAACUGCAGCGAAAUUGCCAACCCCUGCGAUCCUAACCCAUGUCCAACACCGACCGACGGUCAGCAGUUUGAAUGUGUUUCGAAUACGACUGAUACUUCUACCCACGUGUGUAUCUGCCCUGAAGGGAAGAAAGGAAACACGUGCACAGAAGAUGACCCGCCGGUAUCAUGCAAAGAGAGCAGACGUAAAUAUAUAUAUUUUGAGACAAACCCGACCGUCCAAGAAAGAACGGCGUGUAUGCCGAAGAAGAACUCGUCGGAAGAGAAUAUAUGUUACAACCCUAAUGAGGAUAUAGCGUAUGAAUCUGACGGUGCCACAGAUGUAACUGUAGAUGAUAGCAAAAAUGACAGGUUUUGUUUAACGUACACAAAUACCGCACCGGUAGUGACGGAAGACUGUGUGAACAUCACGGCGUUUGAAGCAGACGAUAUUGACUAUCGUCCAUGGAUAAACGAUACAUUCCAAAUUUGUUUCAAAUUCAACCGCGAACCUAAGAUAUUACGGUUGAACAGAACUUUAGUUUACAAUGUUGUAACUAUGCCAGAUACAUGGACAGUUCCUUUGGAGGCGUCUGACAUAGAUAAUCACACACUUACUUUAACAGUUUCAGCUGUUGGUCGUUCUGAGUUUGACGACAAGUUCAGUAUUGUAGACGACAAUCUUGAAGUCACCAAUCCUGUCGAAUUAUACAAAUCGAAUCCUGGCAUCUUUGGAGACGUGUUCACUGUGGAAAUAACGGCAACGGAUGACGGUGUACCGCAACUUCAGGAUUCGAUGGACAUUAAUGUACAGUUCGUAUAUGAAGAAUUGAUAUGUACAGUUCCUGGUGAGCCGUUCCUGGUUCAUUUGGAUCCUGAGCCUACCGACAAAAUAGAACUUGGUCAGAUACAGUGCACAGAUGGUGAGAAUACACAGACUCCGGAGUUUGAAAUUACAAACAAUGCUGGACCAGUGAUUAUUGAAUUGGAUGGCAAGAUUAUCUAUGAUCCAACAGCGAAUGAAACAAGUGGGAAUUUUAGGAUCAAUGUCAGGGCAAACACUACUCUGACCGUUCCUGUAUCAGCCGUGUUUCAGUUUACUGUGUUUGCAGCGAAAUUCGACCCCCGAUGUAAUCCAACUGACUUAACCAGACCUAUACCCAUCAGUGAGAAAGCUGUCAUUGGAACAUGCAGUGGCAUAGCUUUCAUUUGUGAUGACCCAGCUAAUCUUACAAAGACAUGUACAGACACAUCCGAGCUGUUUGAUGUUUCAUGUGAUACCGUGUCUUCAAAUAUAACCGAAAUGAAAGUUUGUACUGCGGGCUCCCUUGAUCUUCGCGCUGGUAGUUCAGAAACGGUACCAGUUGAAGUUAAAAACGAGUAUGGAGUUCAUGACAUCAAUGUGACUUUCUCUAUCACCAAUGUGAACGAUCCACCCAAGUUUGUGACGGAUGACUCCCAGAUAGACAUAGAACUGUCUGAAGAAACCACAGCCCCAACAGUACUCAAUGCUUCCGUUAUUCCUGUAGCCGAUCCUGACACAACAACCGACCCUCCAUUUGAUAAUCUAACGGCCACAAUAACAGAUCUUGAAAACAAAGAGGCUGCAGAUAAGCUUCCAUUUACGGCUAGCGUUAAUACGUUUGGAAAUGCAGUGACAGUGACGUUGGCAAAAGCACUGAACCCGAAACUUCGACAUUCAUAUCUGUUAGAAUUAAAGGUGGAAGAUACUUCUGGAGAGUCCGACACUGUGGAUUUAAACAUAACCAUUCUAGACGUUAACGAAAAACCGACAUGUGGAUCACCGAGAGUUAACACGAGUGCGACGGUAAGGGAUGCUGUAGACUACGUCGUCACGAGAUUAACCUGCAGGGAUGACGAUUUCAGUGAACCGUAUCGGUCUUUAACCUAUAGUCUAGAGGGAGACACAAGCACUACAGACUAUUUCAAAAUUGACUCAAGUGGAGCUGUACAGCUGAAAAAGACCCUCACAUCGUUUACAAGUGGUACAGUGUUAUCCUUUACCGCACGGGUAACUGACGGCGGAGGACUCUCUGAGACUGUGCAAAUUGCAGUUGAUGUCAUAACUUCAUAUCCCCCAGAAUGUGGAAAGCAACAGGUAACCCAAACAAAAUCAGAAAGAACGGACACUGGGGAUUGUUUUCAGCUAGCAGUUGAUUGUAAAGACCCUGUACAGAAUGAAACAUUAACGUUCAGAGACCCUGGUGGCAAUGGUACACAACUUUUCUCUCUGAAGGAUGAAAGUACAACAAAUGCACAAAUUUCUUUGUGUACUACUAAUUCAUUGCAGGGAAAUGUCGGAGAAUGGCAUAUAAAUCUGGUUGUUGAAUCGAAAUACGGUUCCCGAAAUAUUCAAAUUAUCAUCAAAGUUGAGGAUGCAAAUGAUCCUCCUACAUGUACACCUGAAAAGAAAGACAUCAAAGCCUCCGUAAAAGAUGAAACUGACAAGGUUGUAUUUAGCCCAAUUUGCAGUGACCCUGAUGUCGACACAAAUUUCAAAACAUUGACAUACACACUGGAAGGUCAAAGUGACGUUAUAUCAUAUUUCAAGAUAGAAAAUGGUGCUAUAGCGCUUGCUAAACCUCUUUCUGAUAUCACUGGAUCAGACAAUGUGCUGACGUUUACUGUGAGAGCUGAGGACGGUGGAGGAUUGUUUGAUACGAUCACUGUUACCGUUACUGUUGAUAAUGAUUUUCCUCCCACAUGUGACAAAACUGAAUUUGAAGUUGUUAUAAGUGAAGCUACAGAUGCCGACGUUUGUCUGUCCGCGGAAAUUGGGUGCACUGAUACUGUUCGAAAUGAAACACUACUUUACAAAAACAUCUCGGGCAACGGCACUGCAUUGUUUUAUGAGAAAGACAGCACAAAUGCCGAGAUUAAAUUGUGUACAAGAAAGAGCCUACAAGCACAAUAUGGAGAUUGGGAGUUCAAUGCUGUCGCGAGUUCCUCAUAUGGGGAAACAAAUCUUAAAGGAAUUGUUAGAGUGAGCGAUAAAAAUGAUAGACCCGAAUUCUCCGCUCCAUCAUACAGUCAUUCUGUGUACGAGAACACAACAGAAAAUACAGUACUGUUAACCGUGACAGCAACAGACCAAGACUCCGGUGCUUUUGGAAAACUGACUUACCAUUCUAAAGGUAUGGACGAUUCCGGGUUGUUUUCAUUAAACAAAGAUACUGGUGAAAUUUCUAUUGCUUCUACACUGGAUGCUGAUGCAUCCGACUCAAACCUAUUUGUGUAUGUGGUAGAGGCAAUAGAUGGGGCUUCGAUUCCACUGUCUGCUUCAACAACUGUGUCUAUACAAGUACUCGAUGUAAAUGACGAGAAACCCGUGUGCGACCCAACCAGUGUUACAGUAGGCAUAUAUCUGUUGGAUCCACUAGAUACUGUAAUAACACAACUUGAUUGUACCGAUGCAGACAUAACGGCAAAUUUUCGAAUUCUUGAAUACAGUGCAGCCUCAUCUUACUUCAGUGUGAACAGAACAGGACACGUUACGUUGACAAGUAAACUACCAAGAGAUGUAACGCAGCACGAGGUUGAAGUUAAAGUAACAGACUCGGAUAAAUCGUCAGACCCAAACUUCUCAACAGAUUUCGUCAUAACCAUCAAUGUAGACAACAACGUACCACCAGUCUGUUUGCCAGAAAUUAUUGUGCGAACUUUGCAAGAAACCGAGGAGGUUGGUGUGUGUCUAGAUAAAGAGGUUAUCUGCACAGAUCCUACAGGAGGAGAGGUCACACUGCAAGCUGAAAGUGGCACAGCAAAGAAUAAAGAUUUGUUAGAGAUAAGGAUCCAUUCUGAAACAGGGAAGCUAGGACUUAGUGCUUGCAUUAAGUCAAGUCUAAAAGACGAAUUUGGAAAUUAUGAGCUUAUUGGGACAGUAACGAACGGCUUAGGUACUACAACUGUCAACUGGACUUUUACAGUAGAGAAUGUCAACGAACCUCCUGUGUUUACCCCGGACACCUACAAUAUACAAGUGUCCGAGGACCAAGCGUUGAAUAAGGAGAUACUGAAAAUAACUGUCUCUGAUCCAGAUGAUGGUAAGGGCAACGCGGACUUCGAACUAGCUGAUGUUACUGAACAAUCAACAAAUGACGGAGAUUUUAAUGGAGUGUUGUCUGACGUAUUAAUUUUCCUGAAAGCUGUUCGGUCAUUUUAUUCAUACAGACAGUUUAACGCAACGCUUAGGAACGUCUACAAAUACAAUGUAACGGCUGUUGAUAAGAGCGGAUUGAAAUCGAUAGCUCAAGUAACGAUCGAAGUUCUGGAUGUGAAUUCGGCACCUAUAUGCAGUCCAACGACAUUAGAAUCUACUAUUGAUAUUCUUGCCAAAGAGAAUGAAGUAGUGUUUGAACUGUUCUGCUACGAUACGGAUAUUGAGGCUAAUAAUAUUGAGCUCGAUUAUGAAAUAGUUAACGGUGACGUAGAUGGGUAUUUUAACGUUACGGGUAAUGGAGAAUUGAUUGUACUGAAGCGACUGCCACGAGACGAAUUAAUAUAUGGCGUAGCAAUAGCAAGUCUACAGGUGAAGGUCAGUGACAGAGGAACACCUCCAUUGACAACAUUUGUUACAGCUUCAAUAACUGUGGACAGAAAUAUUCCUGUGACGUGUAAGCCCGCAUUCAUUCCACCAAGUGUUUGGAUACAGAACGCAUGCGUCACAAUAAAAAUGGACUGUACGGAUCCAACAAAAAGCGGAACAGAUCAUCUAAAAUACGUAAUGUCUGGUAAUUUCACCCAAGGAUUUACCGAGAAAAGCAACUCCCUAGGGACUAUUGAAUUGUGUUACAAUCUAAUAAUAAAUGGUGUUUUUCAGAUUUCUGUGGAUGUGAACAAUGGUUUGAGUAUAUAUACAUUCACUGACAACAUCAUUGUAAGCUACUCUCAAGCCACACCAGUGUUCUCAAAAUCCAAAUACACAGUCACUAUUUCUGAGAACACAGGAACCGGUACAACAGUAUUGACUGUAGAGCUAGAUACAGCGUCAGCAGAACUGAUAAAGAAUCUGGAAUAUAGUAUUUUAGACACUGGCUCUACAGAAGGUUGGAAGACAUACUUCACUUUAGAUAAAAUCAGUGGUGAAAUACGGACGUUGACUAGCAUAAAAGGCCUGGCUGAUCAAGUGAUCACACUUAAAGUAGAGGCAAUAGACAAGUCUUCUCAACUUCGUUCGUCUGUUCUUGUGGAACUUACGAUUCAGGAUGAAAAUGAGCGUCCAGCAUGUACAAUUACAUCAAGAAAUCUAGAUAUAGAAGUUGACGAGGCUGUUAAUACACCGAUUAUUUUGCUCAGCUGUAGUGACCCGGAUGUAAAAGAGGAUUAUCGGACAUUGACCUACGAUAUAUCCGGGGAUAAUGUUGAUGUCUAUUUCAAAUUUGCCGGAAACCCAGCUGCAUCGGUAGUAAUAAAGGAACCUCUUAACAUCCGUACAUUCGAAUACGUAAUAACACUGACUGUGAGUGACAAAGGAACACCGCCUCUUUCAUUCUUUGAGGAUUUCAAGGUCAAUGUGAACACAUUACCACCACCUGUAGAUGUAGUUGCGGUUGCAACAAGUUUUGAUACUAUAAGAGUGGCAUGGGACUACGCAAGACCGGAUUACUAUGACGUCACAAAGUCAUUUAAAGUAAAAGCCUUGUCGUCUGCGAAUGUUAUUGUGAAGGAAUCACCGACUCUAGAUUCCAGUACGCGGGCAUAUAAUAUUACUGGACUAUCGGCAGUGACCCAAUACAUCAUCGUUGUUGACGCACUUACAAAUGACGGGACAAGAGCAUCAAAUGCAUUAACUGUUACUACAAAAGAGGUACCUGUGUUAACAAAUUUCACGGCUACAAUGAUUGCUGAUGACAAGGAUUACAAUGAAAGACUGCGCGAUCACCUGUCGCAAAUAUAUUACGAGUACAGAAAUUUGGUCGUGGAUAGCGUAAUGUUUGCACUAAAAGGGGUAGCUGGCGUUGUUGGAAUAAGUGAUGUUAGUUUCAGGCCAUACAACAGCAUUUUUGUGGAUUUCACAGUUAUGCUGAACCAGUCGGCAAACGUUGAUGCUACAAUACAAAAAUUAAACCAAACGGUGUCUUCCGGAUACGUUCAACAGCUGCGUGUGCAGUCAAAUUUCUUCCAAGCAGCCGCAGGAGGUGGUUACAUUCUAAUCGACGGCUUAUCAUUUACACCUACUGAGGUUUACAAUGGAACCGAAACUGUUCUCGAGUGUAACAUCACGGCUGUUGGUUACUCCAGAGACGAAAAUUUUGACUUUUGGUGGACAUACAGAGGAAACAGACUAUAUCCAACAGACCAAUCACGCUUCAGCAUGUCUUCAACGUCAGAGGCAGAGUUUUACGAAUACAAACAUUCACUACUCCGUGUUAACCCCAUUCUUGAAGAUCAUUCAGGAUCAUAUGGUUGUCACGUGAGUGAUGCAGCUCGGCGGCAAGUUAAAGAGAAGCUUAUAAAUUUGAAGAUAACCUCACAGCCUACAGUAUAUAUUACACCAAAAAGUCAGACUUUGAGAUACGGUGAAAAUGUAAAUGUGACAUGCGAACUUGUGAUUUCUGAGGGAACAUUCGAGCAGUUUGUCUGGUACAAGAAUGGAUCACCAUUCCUAAAAGGAUCAAAUGAAGUCCUAACGUCAACUCCUACAUCAAUGACAAUAACAAUAACUGGGAUAAAAGAGAAUGUUGUAUAUGGCUGUGAGGGCAAGAAUGAAGCUGGGUAUAGCGUGCGCGUUUUCUCCAACAUCGGUGUGAUUCCACAAGGUGCAAAUAAUGAAGUGUCGUGUCCUGCAUCAGACGACAAUCGUGGAAAAAUAUGGCCGUUAACUGCACCAGACACCGUCGCCCGUCUGGAUUGUAACACAAGCUUUACAGGAGAAAUCUACAGGGUUUGUUCAGCAACUGGUGAUUGGAAAUCACCAGUAUACGCCUGUGUUCGAGAAGAGUUAGAAAACAUUGAACAAAAGCUGAAGGAUAUUCAAGACGGAGUAAAACAAUCUUUAAAUCUGACAGAAGCUCUUGUUGAUUUGAAUAAAGCAACGUCUGGUAACACGUUAUUGGAGGGUGAUAUUGACACUACGAUAAACUCGCUUGACAUCGCUGUUGGCAUAAAUGACUCUGUAACUCCAGAAGAAAAAGCAACCAGAAAAACUAAUUUUCUCGAAACUUGCAGCAGUUUAAUCGAUGAGCCAAACACCCCUGCUUGGCUCUCUAGCAUUGAAGUGCGACGGAAGGGGGCUAUCACGAUUCCUAAACUAGUUGAACAAUACAACGUGAAAGCAAUGGACAGCAUUGCCGACGACAAGGAUGAAACUGUAUCAGUGAAAAAUAUCUAUAUCACGGUAGGCGCAGGUAAGAGAGAUCUAUACAGUUACCCAGACCGGAGUAAUACAGCUCCAGAAUGGGUUAAAUCUACAAAAACUGGCAUAGUCGUCCGGGGAGAAGCAUUUAAAGAUAUUCCAACAGUACACUUUGCAAGUUCCGUAUUCAGAAAUAUUACACCGAUACUUGCGAAAAAAUUAAAGAAAGACGGGGCGGUAAUGGAUAUAUCAUCUACAUAUGACAUCAAUUCCGACAUUGUUGUUUUCCAACUGAAAGAAAGUAUCGCAAUAGUUGAUCCUCCCGCUGAAAUAACAUUUCAGCAUUUCGAUAGUAAUUACUCGAAUCCAAUUUGUUGUUACUGGGACUUCGAUGAGGGAGCGUUUGUGACUGAUGGAUGUGCACUAGUUUCAACAAGUGAUGAGUUUACUGUUUGCCAAUGUAAUCACUUCACUAACUUCGCCGUAUUGAUGAGCCCGGGCAAGACGCCGGAAGCAGAUGUAAUGGCUCUCAGCAUUAUAUCGGCGGUGGGUUGUGGGAUAUCAAUACUAUGUCUGCUUUUGACGAUAAUUUUCCAUGCGAUUGUGUGGCGGUUUGUGAAGAGUGAUCGUGCUGUGUUGCUGAUAAAUCUCUGUGUUGCUCUCAUCAUAUCGUACGUGGUGUUUAUUGCUGGUGUUGACAGAGUCGAAAACAAGGACGUUUGCACGGCGAUUUCAGCAUUACUCCACUAUUUCUACUUAGUGGUGUUCUUCCUAAUGUUGGCAUAUGGUAUAGAAAUUGCGAUCUCCGUCGUUUAUGUUUUUGUAACAAGGUCAAGAAUUAAGUGGUUGCUACCACUUGCCUGGGGUAUUCCCUUAGUGAUUGUUGGGAUAUCUAUGGGUGCUACACAGCUGGAUGGAUAUGGCAAUGAAAGCUUUUGCUGGCUGUCUAUAGAGGAUGGACUUCUCUGGGCUUUCGCUGGUCCCGCUGCUUUAAUAAUUUUGAUAAAUUUUGUUAUAGUUGUGAUAGUUUUAAGACAGAUGUUCAAGUCGUCAGUGAUGAUGACUAAAUCUGAUAAAGAAAAAGCCACAACUGGUGUUCGUAGUUUAUGUGUUCUCCUGCCAAUACUUGGCCUCACGUGGGUGUUUGGUGUCUUCUCUGUCAACGAAGACUUAGUUGCCUUCCAGUAUAUAUUUGCAAUAUGUAAUAGUUUACAGGGAUUUCUCAUAUUCCUUUUCCAUUGUAUCUUCAACAAGCAGCUAAGACAAGCAUUGAAGCAACGCAGUGAUAGAAAGAAGAGUUUACAAUCUAUAGAAAAUAGUUUGAAAAAUCAGCACUCUACAACUGGCUCUACUGCGUUUGUAUCGAAUGACAAUAAAUUGCUACAAAACAACGACGUUAACGGCGGAUCUUCUAAUCCUUUCCUGGAAGCCGACCGCCAGAUGAAAGAACUUGUUGGCAAAAAUAAGAAAACUGCUAAUUUGAAUGAUAACUUAGAAGCCAACAAUAAAGUAGAAGUUGACAAAAGUAGUAAGGCAGUUGAUUUAGAUGAUGUAAAGAUAUCAAAUAUCAUAAGGGAAUCAGAAGUUAUGGGAGGUACGGCUGGUAUCUCCUCGAUUCUACAAACAGACAAUCGUACCGAGGACGACAAGAUCAAUGAAACACCAGUUAUACGAUCGUCAAUGGCAUCUAGCCACCGUUACGAUUAUGUAGACCCAAAUCAGACUGGUUCUCAAACUUCAACGGGAAUCGAGAAGCCACCCGGAUAUGAAAAGUUAUUACAGGGUACCGGUGUAGGAACUGAUAGAAGUAGAGAGAGGGAAAAGGAGAAAAAGAGGGAGAAGGAACGUGAAAGAGAACGUGAGAGAGAACGAGAAAGACAGAAAAAGAUAGAAAAAGAAAAACAUGACAGGAUGGAAAAAGAAAGAAUAGAACGCGAACGUAUGGAAAGAGAAAAUGAAGAACGUGAAAAAUUAGAACGUGAAAAACGGGAACGGGAGCGACGAGAAAGAGACAGAUAUCAAGAGAGGGGUGUUAUAAGAAUAGGGUACACUAAUGAGGGUUAUACUGCACCAGUUGAUAAACGUCGAGCUGGUUCACAGGAGAGAAGAGGACAGCAGCCUAGGUCAGACCGAUCAAGCAGAACUGACGAUGACUACGAGGCUAGAAUAUAUGAAAGGCAUAUUCGGAUGAACAGAGUAUAUAGGCCUUAUAGACAUUUGAGUGGGUCUUCCGCCCAAAAUGUAACAUCUAUAAAUACGGCUUUACCAGAAAAGUUCGAGUUUUAUCAGGGGAAAAAACGACAGCAGAAAGAGGCGAAGAAGCAUUCGGAUAGCUCAUUAAAGAAAAAGGACAAGAAGAAAUCGUCUUUAAAAGAUCGUUCAAAGGCGUAUGAAUACUCUUACGAUAGUACAUACCUUGGGGGUACAUCACGACACGCAAGUCUUGAAAAUAUGAAUAUGCAACCCAUCGGAUACAGCCCAUACGCACAGGCGCCAGGAUACGGUGGAUAUCAGACAGGACGUCCCGCAGUACAACAACAGCAUUGGGACCAGUAUGGCUAUGCCAGAGAUCCAAGGGAUCGCAGAGACCCUAGGGAUUAUGACCCUUAUUUAAGAGAUCCUUAUAGAAGAGAUUACUGGUGAAAGUAGAACACCAGUUAUUUAAAGCUCAGCCAUAAACUUCGAUCCAGGAAAUGAAUUUUGCUAUAUAUCAGCUGAAGACAUUUCGGUCGUUUUAACUUGUCCAGCAAGAAUUAUUCGCCGAUGUUAGACCAAUAUGGUUUUCAAUAUAGAUCAGAUAUUAGUUUUGCAAAAUUGACGUUAUUUUGGUUCGAUAUUGUUUCCGAGAAACUGAUCUAGGAUUGGUCCAGUGUACAUACGUUUACAAUGUGAAUAUAAAUAUCGGCGAUAAUUAUGGAGGUCAGUCAUAAAUUGAUUGCAGGAAUAACGAUAUUGUCAGAAAAUUACUUUGACAAUGAGAUAAAAAUGCUCAUUUCUUUCAUAAACGAUUUGGGUAUUUACUAUAGAACAAUGAAAUAUGUCAAUUCCAUGUGUUAGACCCAGAGAAUGUCGUGAUUUUUGUCGUAAUCUUAAAAGGGUCAUGGAUUAAAGCCAACAUUGCCCCGGUCAAAUCAGAGAAAAACGACGCUUUUACUCAGAAUAUUGAAAUGUGAAAGAAGUAAAUUUAUAUAUUUGUUUAAACAGAAAUGAUUCUAUGGAUGUUUUGAGAUACAAACACGUUUUCUGAUUUGAAUAUUGGCUAAAAAAAUUAUGUAAUGUUAUUUUUCAAUAUGCUUGCGAUUUAUUGAUCUUACAAAGUAUCGAAAAUGUUAGAAUGAAUAUAAUUCCGUCUACCUUUAUCAACAUCUUCAUAUAUGUAAUAUUGAUAUAAUUUAAAGAAGUAAAUUGUCUAUAUUAUGAACAGUAAAUGUGUUAAUAAUGUAUUACAAAAUGGCAUUUAUUGUCAGAAAACUGCCACUUCCGAGUUCGCCAUGAUUAUUUCCAGACGAGGUUGCAAUAAGCAAUACCUGACCUAUAUUGCUCCUGACUAUGCUGCAGUUAGCAAUACUUGAACAAUUUGCAAUAAGCAAUGCUAAGCAUUACAAUAUGACUGUAUACAUAAUUUUGUAGCUUGUCUCGGACGAUUGUUCUUAAGGGACAUAAGUCUCACUUUUAUUAUAUGUGUAUGUACGGAGACUUUUAUUAUAUGUGUAUGUACUCGGAACGUACUAUGUAUAGAAACAUAACUAUGUUCUUUAAAGUUUCAUAUUUCACUGUUUACCAUUUAUCAAUGUUUACGUAUAUUCAGUGAAGUGUAAAAUUCAAGGAAAAAAUCUUAUUGAUCUAAAUAGAGAGUAUGUAACGUAAGAUUAUGAGAAAUGCAAAUGAUUGGUUAAAAAGAAAUGUGGACCAAGUCGUCCUUUUAAGGUAGUGGACCCCUAAUGCCAUUCGGCAAUUUCCGUGCGAUUUCGUUUUCUUCAAAUGCGAUUCCGGCAUUCUCCGGCUAGUUGUUUGUAUGAACUGCUUUAGCAACCGGAGUAGUAGAAUACAUAAUCGAACGAAAACUGCCGCAUGUCAUUACCGAUCCAUUCCUAUUGAUGUUUAGUAAACAAAGGUUUUUUCUGCUGACACUUUUCUUGUACAGAUUCUCAGCUGUUUAAAAUUCUGUUGUUUUGAUAACCUUAAUGAUAUUUACUAUUUGUUGUUUCUAGAAAUAUAUUUUUGUGAACAUUAUUUAACUGAAGUGCAAAUAUAUAAGUUUUAUACAUUAUGUUUUACAAGCAAAAUAUAUUGAUAAACCAUU